CAAACCCACGUCAGCACCUCCUAGAGGCGGAAGAAGGUGCUGAUGAAGAUGAUGAAGAACAGCGGUAGCGCCAACUCGGAUACAUCGCAAUUCUCAGGAGUAGUAUUCGAAUGGGGAAAGAAAAAGAGAGAAGCGGGGUGGAGUAGGAGUAGGAGCCCUUUCUGAGGAGGCGGGGGGGCCCCCCUCCUGGUGCCGUUGACCUCCCCUUCCGAAUGCACCGGCAGACUUAGUGAAGACGUACGUUCUCCGAUAGAAGCGGGGAAGCAAAGGGGUUGUGUAGAGAAGCGAGAGCGGAGAUGGUUCGGACACUGGCUCCUUUUUACAUGGUUCGGUUUGGCGUGUUUAAGAGGUGUGCAUGAUGAGAGAGAUAGACGCGCACACACACGCGCAUACACACUCGCAGAGAGAGUGUUCCCAUACAACCUGUCCCAUAUGCACACAAAAGUCAAGCAGGGGAUGAUGGAGAUGACGGCGUUCUCAUGGCUAGACCCCAGCCCCAGCUCCAACCCCAAGCUUAACCCGCCAAGCCUAAUACAUCGCGCUUUCUCUGACUCUCCUGAAUGGCCCGCAUUUCUGGGUACUUUGGCCAACAGCGGCGCCAUUACCGGCACUCUACUGGACGGCAUCCACUCCCGCAUGGGGCUGCAGGUGUACGACAUGGCACCGGUCGUCCUUGGCGGCCUGAAGACGUCGCUGGUGGUUCCGCCGCUGCUGGCUCUGUUCUACGUGGUGUUGGGCACCCUGCACCCCGUCAUGGACAACCUCAACCCCGCUCCCGAAACGGCCUCCAUCCGCUCGAGCUCCUCCGAUGUGGGGUUCGUGGCGCUGGCGUUCGGAGCGCUGGCGGGGCUGCUGCAACUGAGUGCAGUACUGUACGACAAGGGAGUGCCGUACUGGCAGAUACAUUCUGUCUUGGGCUUUGCGGCGUUAAUUAACUGGCGCGUUUUUGACGGAACUCGACAAGGUAUUUUCCUGGCUCUGCUGUGUGGUUUCGGAGCCCCCGCGGUGGAGGUGCUCCUGCUGCAGGUGGUUCCCCUGUGGCAUUACCCCCGGGCCGACCUGGGGGGAGUGUUCGUGUCGUGGGUGUUUUGGUGCUACUUCUUCUACACACCCGCGCUAGGCAGCCUGGCCAGCACGGCAGCAGCGUCCGCGUCGACUGCCCGCGCGGCCGCUUCGACUGUGGGCCCGGUCAUCGGAAUCGAUCUGGGUACCACAUAUUCGUGCGUGGGCGUCUUCAAGAAUGGCCGCGUGGAAAUCAUCGCCAACGACCAAGGCAACCGAAUCACUCCCUCGUACGUCGCCUUCACCGACACAGAACGGCUGGUGGGAGAUGCGGCGAAGAACCAGGCCACCAUCAACCCCAAGCGAACCAUAUAUGAUGUGAAGCGUCUCAUCGGCCGCAGGUUCGAGGACAAGGAAGUGCAGCGCGACCGCAAACUCGUAUCGUACGACAUCGUGGAAAAGAACGGCAAACCGUACAUUUCCGUAGAGGUGGGCGGCGAACCCAGGGUGUUCAGUCCGGAGGAGAUCUCCGCAAUGGUGCUCCAGAAGAUGAAGGAAACGGCGGAGGCAUACCUGGGAAAAUCUGUACGGCAUGCCGUGAUUACCGUACCGGCGUACUUCAACGAUGCUCAGCGCCAGGCCACGAAGGACGCGGGCACCAUCGCCGGGCUUGAGGUGAUGCGCAUUCUCAACGAGCCCACCGCGGCGGCCAUCGCGUACGGCCUGGACAAGAAGGGAGGGGAGAGCAAUAUCCUGGUGUUCGAUCUGGGAGGCGGCACAUUCGACGUGUCCGUCCUCGCCAUUGAUAAUGGCGUGUUCGAGGUCCUGGCCACCAGCGGAGACACCCACCUGGGUGGUGAGGACUUCGACCAGCGCGUCAUGGAGUACUUCAUCAAGCUCGUCAAAAAGAAGUACGGCAAGGACGUCAGCGGCGACGCCCGCGCCCUCCAGAAGCUACGACGGGAGGCUGAGCGAGCCAAGCGGGCCUUAUCCAGCCAGCACCAGGUCCGUGUGGAGGUCGAGGGUCUAACGGAGGGUGUGGACCUGUCUGAGCCGCUGACCCGUGCCCGCUUCGAGGAGCUCAACAUGGACCUCUUCAAGAAGACCCUGGGCCCGGUUAGGAAGGCGCUCGACGACGCCAAUUUGAAGAAGACCGACAUCGACGAGAUCGUGUUGGUGGGGGGCUCCACUCGCAUUCCAAAGGUCCAGGAGCUGUUGAAGGAGUUCUUCGACGGCAAGGAGCCGAGCAAGGGUGUCAACCCGGACGAAUCAGUUGCGUACGGUGCUGCCGUGCAGGGCGGCAUCUUGGGCAACGAAGGUAGCGAGAACCUGGACACGGUUAUCAUUAUCGACAGAACGCCGCUGUCGCUGGGCAUUGAGACCGCAGGGGGGGUCAUGACCCCGGUCAUUUCCCGCAACUCCGUCAUCCCCACCAAGAAGUCGCAGGUCUUCACCACCUACUCAGACAACCAGCCAACCGUGUCCAUCCAGGUUUUCGAGGGCGAGCGCGCCAUGACCAAGGACAACCACAAGCUGGGCCAGUUUGAGCUCAGCGGCAUUCCGCCAGCACCCCGCGGCACCCCCCAGAUUGAGGUCACGUUUGAGGUGGACGCCAACGGCAUCCUCACCGUGUCUGCGCAGGACAAGGGCACGGGCAAGAAGGAGCGCAUUACUAUCACCGCAGAGAAGGGUCGCCUCAGUGGAGAAGAGAUGGAGCGAAUGGUGAAGGAGGCGGAGGAGUUUGCGGAGCAGGACCGGGCUGUUCGGGAUCAAGUGAACGCCCGCAACCAGCUGGAGUCGUACUGCUACAGCAUGAGGUCGACGGUGGAGAGCAAGGACAAACUUCGGGACAAGAUUGACGAGGACGAUAAAGACAAAAUCCUGGCCGCGGUCAAAGAGGCGUUGGACUGGCUGGACGAAAACCCCGAAGCCGAGGCCGAGAGCUACCGGGAGAAGCUCAAGGAGGUUGAGGACGUAUGCAAUCCCAUUAUCGCUCGGGUCUAUCAGGCGGGGGGUGGGGCAAGUGGGGAGGAGUCCGAGGACCUGCGCUAUAACGACGAGCUCUGA